CUAUCAGAUUUAAGAUUAACUGUUGAGUGUUAUGUUUGAGGCUAUUCAAUUUUAAAAUUCAGGACGUAUUUCACUUGGGUAUCAUUUGAAUUUAAUAUAAGAUUACAAAGAUAGAAUAAACUCAUCCUCUUUCCAUAAUCACAAAAUAGAAAAAUGGUAUAUAGACAAAGUGUUCCAUUCAACCAAAAUGUAGGUCCACAGGUACCUGGCUCUGAAAAAUAUUGGUGUGAAACAUGUGAUAAGGGUUUUAUGACGAGGAAUCAUCUUAACUAUCACAAACAGCGUCAUCAAAAAUGUAACAUAGACGGAUGUCAAUUUGUAGCACACCCACAAGUAAUUACAAAACACAUUCAAAUGCAACAUGCUUCAGGUUUAUAUAAAAGAAUUGGAAAACUAAACAAUCCAGAAGAGAUUAAAAAAUGGAGAGAAGAAAGGAAAAGGAAAUAUCCAACAAAAGAAAACAUAGAGAAAAGACAAGCUGAAAUCAAAGAAAAAAUAAGAAGAGGGGAAAAAAUGGGAUUAAAACGCAGCAACCAUGGAGUUAACAAUAUCAAAUGUGGAUUCAACAAUAAAAAACAGCAAUACAUGACUCGUGAAAAAUAUAUGAAAACAUUAAAUGACAGAAAAAUUACACCACAAUUGCCCAACAAAAAGAGAACAGUAAAAAAAAUAGUGCACAAAGUAAUUCCUCCUAAAGAAGAAACCAGGAAAAUACAACCAUUCAGAGGCAUUCAAGAUAUAGUAGCUGAUGAUGUUGUAGAAGAGGAAAUGCCAGAGGUUAGCAAUAAUAUAAUAGAAGACGAAGAUGUGACUGAUGCAGAAUUAGUUGAUAAAACAAUUACAAAACCAACUCUCUGUGGAGCUUUAACAUCAUUGAUAAGUAAUUAUGAGUCCAGUGAUGAAGACACUGAAAUAGACACAAUAACUAAACCUACAACAAAUAUAAAUAAUUUGAACACAGCACCACACUCAAAUAUGAAAUAUAAUGACAACAAAGAUUUUAAUGUUAAUAAAGAACCUAUUCCAUUGAUAAAUGAAAAUAGGUCAGCUUUAAAGCCUGAUAAUAAUCUAAUUAAUAAUCCUAAUGAAAGUGAAAAUGAGAGUGGACCUGAGGAAACAACAGUUGUUAAGGUCACUAAAAAUGAUGAAACAAAACCUGUUAAACAUAUACCCACAAAAAAAGAACGCCUUCAAAUGUGUGCUAAAGCUAGAAGUAAAAUCAGACCUGCAAACCUGAGAAGAAAAUUGCCUUCAACUCUUUUAGAAAAAUUAUUGCAUAGAGAAAUACAACAUGAACGAAACGUUAUUCUUCAGUGUGUAAGAUUUGUGGUAGAAAACAAAUACUUUGACAAAGUGACAGUUUAAUUACUUUUAUGCUCUAAUUGUGUUUGCUGU